AUGGCGGAAUCUGCAGAAGAGAGCGAUGUAUUCAUGAGGAUAUAAACACCUAUGUAAGUAUGCUGAUCUUUGUUUCGAUGAAAUUUUUCCCUCUUUUAAACUUUAGAAUAUGGAUUUGCUUAAUAGGAAUUACGAUAUGAAAAUGUCAGCGUUUUGGAACGUAAGAAAAAUCUAAAUUCUCAUGUUUAAUAUGCACACCUGCACACGUGUUUCGGCCAGACUGUAUUUAGUAAAAGUUUCGCUGAAUUUUCAGACAGCAAUUUCAGCUGAAUGUCUGUCCGUGCAUGAAAUUUAAAUUGAAUUGGCAGUUCGUACCUCAAGUUUGCAAUAGGUUUUUAGCAAGCUUGUUAACAAGUUGCGACAAUGCUGUUGCAACAACUUGUCAACAAGAUGUAUUUGCAACAGGCUUGUAGCAAGCUUGUUAACAAGUUGUGAGAAUGCUGUUCCAACAACUUGUCAACAAGAUGUGUUUGCAAUAAGUUUGUAGCAAGCUUGUUAACAAGUUGUGACAAUGCUGUUCCAACAACUUGUCAACAAGAUGUCUCGUCAACAGGCUUGUAUCAACAAGAUGUAUCCUCAACAAGAUAUAUCCUCAACAGGCUUGUGGCAAGCUUGUUAAUAAGUUGUGACAAUGCUGUUCCAACAACUUGUCAACAAGAUAUUUUCUCAACAGGCUUGUAGCAAGCUUGUUAACAAGUUGUGAUUAUGCUGUUCCAACAACUUGUCAACCAGAUAUUUUCUCAACGGGUUUGUAGCAAGCUUGUUAACAAGUUGUGACAAUGCUGUUCCAACAACUUGUCAACAAGAUGUCUCGUCAACAGGCUUGUAUCAACAAGAUGUAUCCUCAACAAGAUAUAUCCUCAACAGGCUUGUGGCAAGCUUGUUAAUAAGUUGUGACAAUGCUGUUCCAACAACUUGUCAACAAGAUAUUUUCUCAACAGGCUUGUAGCAAGCUUGUUAACAAGUUGUGAUUAUGCUGUUCCAACAACUUGUCAACCAGAUAUUUUCUCAACGGGUUUGUAGCAAGCUUGUUAACAAGUUGUGACAAUGCUGUUCCAACAACUUGUCAACAAGAUGUCUCGUCAACAGGCUUGUAUCAACAAGAUGUAUCCUCAACAAGAUAUAUCCUCAACAGGCUUGUGGCAAGCUUGUUAAUAAGUUGUGACAAUGCUGUUCCAACAACUUGUCAACAAGAUAUUUUCUCAACAGGCUUGUAGCAAGCUUGUUAACAAGUUGUGAUUAUGCUGUUCCAACAACUUGUCAACCAGAUAUUUUCUCAACGGGUUUGUAGCAAGCUUGUUAACAAGUUGUGACAAUGCUGUUCCAACAACUUGUCAACAAGAUGUCUCGUCAACAGGCUUGUAUCAACAAGAUGUAUCCUCAACAAGAUAUAUCCUCAACAGGCUUGUGGCAAGCUUGUUAAUAAGUUGUGACAAUGCUGUUCCAACAACUUGUCAACAAGAUAUUUCCUCAACAGGUUUGUAGCAAGCUUGUUAGGAAGUUGUGACAAUGCUGUUCCAACAACUUGUUAGCACUUCGGUGGCACAGUCGUUAGAUCAAGAGACUUUUACCUCUGAGAUCGUGGGUUCGAUUCUCGCAACGGACUCAUGUGAAAAGAGUUGAAGGGCAUUGUAGAUGGAAAUUAUUGAGUGGAAAUUUAUGUACAUUUAUUAAACCUAACCAGGAACAGAAGCGGAAAAUGCAACUUUAAAGUCCCUGACAGGAAUCGAAGCGCCCUAAGCACAUGAAUCGCAGGGCUGCAUGUUUGAUUCCUGUCAGGGACCUUUAAGUUGCAUUUUUCAUAGCUGUUCUUGGUUUGGUUGAAUAAAUGUAUUUCAAACAUCAUUAAUAAUUCAUAAGCUUAUUGGCAAAUCAUGUCAACCAUAAUAUGUCACGUGAAGAGGCUUUAAACCUGAUAAAACUCAUCUUAAUUAGUAUUUUUUAUAUAAAAGUCCAUCCUGUUGUACCCAUGUUUCAAGCUAUUCAAAACUCUUGUAGUCAUGUUUUAUCAUAUCUAAAAUGCUCGUGCUGUGCACUCGUAUUUCAAAAUAUGAUAAAACACUCCUAUGCAUGUUUUAAAUAGUACAUAAAUUUCCACUCGAUAAUUUCCAUCUACAACAUCCUUCAACUCUUAUUCAAUUGAGUGAGAUGCUAACAAGAUCUUAAUAUUUACUAAGGCCAAAAAAAAAAUGUGGGUUUCUGGUUCCCUCUUGUAAAAACUUAGGUAGGGUAGGUCAGUUUUAAGGUUACAGAACACCUUUGAGUGUUAAUUUUGCCUAAAAAUUUUUUAUUGGUUUCAAUGAAAGCAUUAGACUAGUUCUACUACCUGACCAAGUUUGAAUGAAAAAUGUUGAAAACUUGCAGAGUUAUUUAAUAAAAUACAUUUCGCCGCAAUAAAGAAAAACAUUGAAAAUGUAAUAUUCAAAUUCAAUUUUCUCACGAAAAAGUUUACGGUAAUUACUGAUUUUCAAACGAGAUGUGCUCCUGCGGGUUUUAACCAAUUUUUCUCAAAUUUUCACAGGACAUAGCUAAAUACGUCAGUUUCAAAAUUGUGUUCGGCUUUUUUUUAAUUUUGGAUAUUUUAAAAAUAAAGAGCAAUUCACUCAAACAAUUCAGAAAUAUAUUGCAGUCGUCAAAGAAAUCGCCAUAUCAGCGGAACGACGAAAUAAACAAAAAUUUCCGAACACAAUUUUUUAGAACAACUAUUUUACUGUAUAAAAAUGAUAUUUUCAUAAAUAUAACUUAAAACCAGCAGGAGCACAACUCAAAAGCGUAAAGGUACCGCGAUUUAAGAUUUUCCUGAAUAAUUCUAACAUUAUUUUAUUGUUUGUUAAUUUUACAACUUUACCAUAUUUUGCAUGCACUGGAGAACAUUUGGUGAAAAUUGGAUGAACAUCGGACUGAUAUUGAGCGCGCAGUAGCGAUUUUCCGCAAAACGCCAAAAAGGGUGUCCUGUAACCUUAAGUUCUUUUUUUUUAACUUUUUUUUUAAUUUUCCUAACAACCGGAUGCCAUUUUGUUUAGUCAGUGCUUCCACAUCCAAACAUAAAUUUCCCUAAUAUUGCCUCAAAUUUUCAUUUUCCACAAACGUUUUGCUCUAAGUGGAAACGCUUACAAACGUGAUCCAAUAAAAAGUUUAGGGUCAGGAUUUCGACGUCCAAAAGCUAGGUAGGGUCGGGAAACCGGAAACCCACAUAUUUUUUUAUUUGGCCUAAUGGAAAAGAGUCCGUCAAUGCUCUGGCGAAAGUCGUGGGUUGUCUCCGGGCGCUCCGGUUUCCUCCAACAAGGAAAGUUGACAGGGUGGGUUAGGAUAAACACAGUUAAGAAAGUAAUAAUACAAUUGUUGUAAACAUAAAUAGUCUAGGCUUUGUAGGUAAUAUAAGUAAGGGUAAUACUUGAUGUAAUCAGUCACUGAAAACCUCAAUGAGGAAUGAGUUUAUUGAUUUUCAGGUAUUGGUCCAUGGGGAACACAACGAGAUGGGUCGUCUCAAAGCGGCUAUCAUUCGAGAAUACAAAGAUAAGGUAGGGCAUUUUGAAUGCUUUUAUGUAUGA